AAACGAAACAGCAAAGGUGUUCUGAGACAGUGCCAUUUCAACAUUCCAAGUAUUUCAUUUUUGGAAAAAAAAAGAGUUGAAUUUUCACUUCGAUUCGAAUGUCAAAUAAAUCCGGAGAACGUCAAAAAAAACCAUCUUUAUUUUUCCUCUGCUUUUUUUACUAGUUCGUAGUUGUGUCUCCAUGCAUUUUUUUUGUGUGAAAAAAAAAAUGCAAAAUUUCCUCAAAACAUUUUUUUGCACAAAAAUGUAUUCGCCUUCUUGUUAACAGUUAAUUGUGCAAUUCUCGAAGAAAAUAAUAAAUAUUUAGAAUAUCAUUUAAACCAUGAAAACCUCAAAUAGCAAUUCCACACCAAAAGUGAUUUCAAUAAUUUAAGAUAAAAAAAAAGAAAACAAAAAGAGCAAAAAACUCGCGUUGCAAACUUAACAAAGAAUCAAGAAAAUGUGAAAUUUCUUUAGAAAAAAAAAAUAUAUUUGUACAUCAAAUAAAGUCUGUGGAGUAUUUUUUUCAAGUUGUUUCAUUUGGUUCUUAAUUAAAUAUUUAUUCGAAAUCUAUUGAAAUAGAAAUCUAAAGUCAAUUUUCAGUUCCUCAGUUUUUUUUUUUUUGUGUCACCGUUUUCUGUUUCUGUGCAUGUUUUCUGAAUUAAAAUUCGUUGAAUAAGCAGAUUCAAUCAAGAUUAUCUAAAAAGUGCGAAUAAUUUGAAGAAACUAAAAACAGCAGCAGCAAAUAAAAGCAACAUUCAAGAUGGCAAUCCCACCACCACCGGGACCACCUCCCCCGCCAGGUCCGCCUCCUCCACCAGCGAUGGGUGGGUUAAAACUAGGCAGCUCUGCAGGCGGUGCUGGAGAUAUGAGAUCGGCCCUUUUACAAUCUAUUCAGAAAGGUACCAAAUUAAAGAAAGCCGUUACAGUUGAUAAAAGUGGACCUGCUUUAUCAGGAAAAGUUCGUGACGAUUCCAAACCAGUACCCACAUCAACGGCCUCCCCAAAAUGGACUCCCAAUAGCAAUGUUGUGGCUAAUGGAGGACCUAAAUUGGGGGGUCUCUUUGAAGGUUUGUCAUCAAUGCCAAAAUUAAAACCUGUAAAUGGAGCACGAAGUUCGCCGUCUUCCACGCGAUCAAACACAGCACAACAGCAGCAAUCUGAAACAAUCACAUCUGCAACAACGAACAGCAGAAGCUCACCCCCCUCAAAUAGUCCACUGGAUUUCAACGCUGAACUGACAAAGCAUCUAACGCUAAAAAAACAAAAGCAACAGACAAACGUUACUGAAGCAAAUUUAAGGACUAAUCGUGGACCACCUCCACAACCUCCAGCAGCACCACCCAAGAAUCUUUCAUCAAGUACCUCUGACUCGCUGCUGGAGAAGAGUAAUUUAAAUUCACUGAGAUCGAGUCCGAAAAUUGGAGGAACAGCAGCAAUAGGGGGCAGCAAUGCUAAGUCUUCAUCACCUACGCUAUCGGAAGGCAGUAGCAGUAGUGGAAGUAAUACAAUUAACACUGGCAUCAGCACAGUGAAGAAAAACGCUGCUAACUUAAAUUUAUCAUUAGGCUCCAAUUCAAGUUAUGUACAUAGUAUGAGUAGUCAAACAAAAACUUCGUCAUCGUCGUCGUUGUCAUCGACAAUUUCUUCUACUGUUACUACAGUGACAACACAGCGCGUUACUGGUUUAGCGCCAAACAAAUCAGCUCUUUUUGGAGCAGUCAGUGAAAGUAAAUCCCCAGUACCGGGAUCACCUGGAUUAAGUGGAAGUGCAGCACCUGCUUCUUCAACGUCAUCAUCGAACAGAUUCGGACCAAGUCAUGGAAAACCAAACUUUGCACCAAAACCCCCCGGUAUUCAGAAUCAAAUGGCAGCAGCAAAUGGACAAAAGUCAACUGUUGCCCGUCACCAUAGUAUGAAAUCCCCCAGAUCCCCACCCAUUGCACCGGCUGGUGGGCCUGUCUUCCCGACUUCACAAGCAUUCGCAACAAUGCGAACACCCCUCACAUUAUGUCAAUCACAGGAAACAAUAAGUAUCCGGCAAGCGCCAAAUCCCCCAAUUGGCCGCCCAACAGUCGCCCCACCAAAACCACCUACAGUCAAAGCACCUCCACCUCCCACACCUGCUAGAAGUAUAUCAAAUACAAACCUUAAUAAUCUUACACUGAGUUCGGCACAAAGCAACUCGAAUUUAAACUCAAGUCUUACGCCAAAUGUAUCCUCUUUGAGAGAACAUUUCAAAACGAGUCAAAAUAAUUUAUCUACAACCGGAACAACAUCGUCAAAUAAUUCACCGCCAUCGAAGACAAGUUCACCAAUUAUAAGCAGAACACCAGCCAGCCAAAUUAAUGGUGCCCCUCCUCUUCCUCCACAUAGGACAUGUCCAGCACCACCUCCUCCACAGCGACAGACAUCAUUUAAUGCUGGCGCACCACCUGUGCCUCCACAAAGACACUCAUCAAUGCGUCCUCCCUCAAUAACAUCUGCUACAGCAGCUAACACCUCGAAUAACAACAGUUAUGGUCAUAACAACAGCUCAGCAGUCAGUCGCUUAGUAACAGAUUUGGAAUCAAAAUUCGGUAAACGAUUUCACAAUGUCACCGAGUUUCCGACUCCACCUCCAUUUUUGAAUAUCCAAAAAAUGUAUCCUAGUCGUAAUGCAGUUAAAGCAACUAACGCACCUCAAAUACCAUCAGCACCAUCGGAACCACCGCCAUCACGGAAGCAAAGAGCACCAGCGCCCCCUAUACAAGCGAAAAUAAAUGCUUACGCACAACAACAAAUGGAGAAUCAACAAUGGUAAACAAAGUUGAUAAAAUAAUUGAGUAUAUACUUUUUAUAACCAUCAACGUAGCAAUAAUUUUAAUAGAUUAAACACAAUGUAGUUAACAGAUUAGUUAAUUUAAUUUGUUAACGUUAACAUAAAUUGGUUUGAGGUUAAUAGUUUACUGAUUUUAUAAGAGCAUUUUAAAGUUAAACCAAAAAAAUUAAACAGUAUUGCACAAAUACAAACACAAAUAUUAUUAUAUUAUGAACAU